AUGGAGUGGGAUGAAGUUGCUUUUAUUGGCAUGACAGAGAGUCAGCAAAAACGAUACAGCCCCGUUGCUCCCGGUGUGAGCAGCGGAAUUGGCUAUGCUGCUACUCUCUUUUUAUCGCCGCUAGAUAUUUCAAGCAUUGAGACGGCGAUUACGACCAGCACAAGGGAGCUCAAUGAUCGUCGAUCAGCUAGCGGAUUCGAUCCAACCGAUACUAUUGAUGAUAUUGGAGAUUUUGGAUGGGCUGCUGUCUCCGCAAACACUACCGAUGAUGCGUUUUGGCCCGAUGACGUUCUGGGCAACUGCGCAAAGCUGCCGCCCACGGCUCCAAUCGCCGAUAUGAGUCCUGACAUUGUUACCAACAUAAUUGCCGACAUCAACACACAAAUCUCAAUUAGGGCAAAUUUUGAGCUCAGUAUGCUAGUCGACAUCGACCACUUGCUUCGGCCGCGUAAACACAAAACUGCAGAAGCCUUGCUUACUUCAAAAAUGAUGCUGGGAAGUAUGCGGAAGUAUCCUGCAAUGCUGAUCUCCGAUCUCAACCUUCCUCCUUUCAUCAGCUCGCCGUGCUUCGGCGAUGAGAUACUGUGCCGGCAGUCUGGAAUACAUCAAUGUCUACCGCAACCGCUAGCUGUAUGUGCUAGUAUAGUGCGAAUGUUUCCCAGCGACAGCCUGAGAGAUAGAUCUUUUGCAUGGAAGACCAUCUACAUGGAACAGCAAAGACUUUUUCACGAGACACUAAUCAAAAUGAAACUAAAGCAUGAGUCUUACGAUAGAGAAACAUUGAUUGCCGCCGUACAAGCUGUCACGUUAUACACCAUACUCCACGUUGAAGAUGUCGCAUCUGUCCCGGAGCACUAUCUCAGAUCAAUCACUAUUACCUUGGGCUCUCGAGAUGGAGUCAACUACAUGCAGCAUCAUAGCAUUCCCAAUCGGCGCAAGUGGAUCAGUAACGAAAGUGUAGGGAGCAUAGCAAUUUGUCCUUCGUCCGGCCACGGUGGCGCAACGUGUAGAACUGUGCACCUUCCGAGCACACGCAGCCUGUGGCAAGCCAAGGCAAACAUCGAAUGGCAGCGACAGUAUCUUGACCAAAUAUCGCAACGUAGCUUCAAAGAUACUCUAAAAGUCUCGCAUCUUCGGGAGUACGCCCAACCUGCAGGAGACGCCUUACUCAGGGAGGCUUGGGUAAAUGAUUUUGAAGGUUGGUGUCUGGACCAUGACGAGUUAGGACAGUUCAUCUGGAUGGCAACAAAAUUGGAUCCCGUGUAG